CGCGGAAGACUCGUUUCGAGGUUGAUGAUUUUCGAGGGAAUUUUUGAAAAUAAGAAAAGUGGUUGAUAAAACUUGACAGUUGACAGACGAGGAAGAAACACAAAAGAAUGCGUAGAUCUGGAGCUCCGAGUCAGAUCUGUGGCAAUGCUACUAAGAAACCCAGGUUUAUGGCACCGGGGCCAGCGAGGAAUGAUGGAUCAUCUUUAUCGGGUCCCCGACCAGAACCAUCACUACCGUCACCAUCACCCACGCCUGCUUUGGGAAAUGUGCUGCUAAAUAAGGUCCAGAGGUGUUUGAGUAGUAAAGAUUCUCCAGCUGUCUCUAAUGCUCCAUUGGGCAGUAAGGCUUUGGCCAGGGUCCUGAGUGCUAUUCCUCAGGAGGAAUAUAAGGAAAACAGCCUCGGGUCUUCAUCUGAGUGUCUUGAACCUGAACAAUCAGCAGAUAAAAACAGCUCCUCAAUACAGCCGAACACUCUUGCAAACUGCACAAGUGAUGCACGCUACUAUAGUGUAAUGUGGUGUAAGGCGUCAUCAAGGAAGCAUAAGCGCUGGGAAGGCGAUGCUGUGCUAGUUGCCAGAGGGCGGACUGUUAUCCUCAAAGACAUGGAGGGGCGGGACAUUGGACGAGGUUCAGGCUACAAGGCAUCAGAGCUGGAGAGCUUGUGUGAGGGUCAGUCUCUUAUGGUGGGAGGGAAACAGAUCGAGGUCAUGGGGAUCAUAUCCAAUGAGGACUACGCCAAAGGCCGUUGUUUCCAAGAUGCUGUUGUUGAGACUUCUGCAGAAAAGGUCUUGAAGGCUCCUGUAUAUCACCCAGUGUCCAAAUCCUUUACCAAACCAGCGCUCAAGGGAGGUGCACUUACAGAUUCUGAACCUGACAAGCCGAUCUGUAAACCCAGACAUAACCCUAACACACCAGGCGCCCUCGUAAUGCCACGACCGACAACUGAUCACCAGUGGGUGUAUAAUAAAUCCGGUUCUCCACUGGUGGAUGUGGUCAUCGACCCCCACUUGACCAAUCAUCUUCGGCCACAUCAGAGAGAGGGCGUGGUCUUCCUUUAUGAAUGCUUAAUGGGAAUGAGACUUGCUGGCCGCUUUGGGGCUAUUUUGGCAGAUGAGAUGGGACUGGGGAAGACACUGCAGUGUGUUUGUGUUCUGUGGACACUACUGAGACAAGGCCCCUAUGGUGGGCGGCCUGUACUGAAGAGGGCAGUUGUGGUUUGUCCAGGAAGUUUGGUUAAGAACUGGGCUGCUGAGUUCAAUAAGUGGCUGGGCAGGGAGAGGAUUAGUGUUUACACUGUGGACCAGGAUCACCGCGUGGAGGACUUCACCUCCUCUCCUCUUUGCUCCGUCAUGGUGAUCAGUUAUGAGAUGUUUCUGCGCUCUGUGGACCGAUUGAAAGAGCUGGAUUUUGGAGUGCUCAUCUGUGACGAGGGUCAUCGCCUUAAAAACAGCAACAUCAAAACGACCAACGCACUCACAGCGCUCUCAUGUGACCGCCGUCUUAUAUUAACAGGAACUCCAGUGCAGAAUGAUCUGCAGGAGUUUUAUUCCAUCGUAGAGUUUGUAAAUCCAGGAAUUCUGGGAACAUCUGCUGCCUACAGGAAGAUUUAUGAAGAGCCCAUUCUCAGAUCUCGCCAGCCCACCUGCACCGAGGAAGAGCGAUGUAUUGGAGAGGAGCGUGCCGCUGAGCUCUUUCGUCUAACAGGUGUGUUUACGUUACGGCGCACUCAGGAGAUCAUUAAUCAGUAUUUAUCCGAACGGAUUGAGUGGACCGUAUUCUGCAAACCCACUGAGCUCCAGCUGCGUCUGUAUGGAGUCCUUCUGGCCUCACGGCCCAUCAGAGCCUGCCUCUCUGGUGCCAGCACACACACUUACACACACAGCCCACACCUCGCAUGCAUUAACGCCCUCAAGAAACUCUGCAACCACCCUGGGCUGCUCUACAACACUCUACAGGCAAAAUCAGAUGAUAUGAUGGAGGAUGGAAUUAUGGAACUCUUUCCUGAGGGAUAUUCCACUGGUGCCUUCAGCACUGCAGACUCUGGGAAACUUCUGGUGUUAACAGACCUGCUGGCAGCGAUACAGCAUGUCAAUCGAACAGACAGGGCUGUUUUGGUGUCCAACUACACACAGACUCUUGACUUGCUGCAGGAUGUCUGUGAUCAAAUAGGCUAUAAAUGGUGUCGGCUUGAUGGCCAGACACCUGUUGCCCAGAGACAACGAAUUGUUGAUUCCUUCAACAGCCCGCACUCACCCAACUUCCUGAUGCUACUCAGCUCCAAGGCUGGAGGAGUGGGGCUAAACCUCAUAGGUGCCUCUCAUCUUGUUUUAUACGAUAUGGACUGGAACCCUGCCAAUGAUAUACAGGCCAUGGCACGUGUGUGGCGUGAUGGACAGAAGAAAACAGUUCACAUCUACAGAUUUCUGACAACAGGUUCAAUAGAAGAGAAGAUCUAUCAGAGGCAGGUGAGUAAACAGGGGCUUUCUGGGACAGUGGUGGACCUGACCAAAAAAGCGGAUCAUAUUAGCUUUUCUUCUGAGGAGCUACGAGACCUUUUCAGUUUUGACCCUAAUACAACCUGCCUCACACAUGACCUACUGGGCUGCCAGUGCACCGGAGAUGGAAAAACAGCAGGUUUUGUGAAGGAGAUAAACGAGGAGACCGGAAGGGCAUGUCAGCUGGGUCGCCAUGCUGACAGCACAGUGCCAUUACCGCAACGAGUUAGCAUGUCUGAGCUCAUGCAAUGGAGCCAUUUUUCGGGAGCUGUUCAAUCAUUUCAUGAUAUUUACCUAAACCAUGCCCGUAACCACAUCACAUAUGCCUUUCAAAGCACAACUUCUAAAUCCCAAACAGUCUAAACUCUUCCUCUUCUCAAAGAAAAUUUAAUACAAACCCACUGCCCUCAUGCUGUGUAAAUAUUCCUGUGUGUUUGAACAAUACAU